AUGAGCGUCAAGUUGAUCAGUUCCGAUAACGAAGACUUCACCGUCGACAAAGCCGUUGCAGAACGUUCUGUUCUGAUCAAGAACAUGUUGGAAGAUGUGGGUGACAGUGAUGCUCCUAUUCCUCUUCCCAACGUCAAUGCAAAGAUCCUUCGCAAGGUCAUUGAAUGGUGCGACCAUCACCGCAACGAUCCUAUGGUAUCUCAACAGGAUGAGCAAGAUCGCCGUAACACCGAUAUCGAUGAAUGGGAUCAAAAGUAUAUGGAGGUCGAUCAAGAGACUUUGUUUGAUGUUAUCCUUGCUGCCAAUUAUCUUGAUAUCAAGCCAUUGUUGGAUGUCGGUUGUAAGACUGUGGCCAACAUGAUCAAGGGCAAGAGUGCUGAAGAGAUCCGUCGCACCUUCAACAUCACCAAUGACUUCACUCCCGAAGAAGAAGCCCAGAUCCGCAAGGAAAAUGAAUGGGCCGAGGAUCGAUAA